AGAUGGCCAGAACUCUGAAAAAUAUGAAAAGACAAGGGCAGAUCUGGAAAAGAGCGUGGAACAAGAUGGCAGUCAGGAGGAGCAGACAGAGACUAAAAGCACUCUGGAUUUCCUAGAAAAACAAUUAAUUGUCUUGCAGCAGGAGAAAAGCAGACUUGAAGAAAACUUGCUUGCUGCCAAUUCAGAAGAUGCCAAACUUGAAAAGUCCAGGCUUCUGGCUGCUCAGCAUGCAAUGGAUGAGGAGAAGAGGAGAGAAGAGGAAGAAGUAAGAAAAGAGGAAGAAAGAAAGAAAAAAGCCAAGAGAAAAAUCUACAGAGAAAAAGUCAUUGAAGAAAUCAUUAACACAGAGAGGGAUUAUUUGGCGUGUCUACAGCUGUGUUUAGAGACAUUUUACGAUGGCCAGGAACCACCAUCGGGAAUUGAUCUGGAUUUUUUGCUGGGCAACAUGGAGGAGAUUGCAGAGGUCAGCCAGAAAAUAUUGCUAAACUUGGAGUCAUGUGUAUCAGGGAAAAGUGUUGAAGAACAGUGUAUAGGUCAAUGUUUUAUCCGCUUUGCUGAAGACAUGAAAAACACAUAUGCCCCUUACUGUCGGAACCAUGAUGAAGUCAUCACUGCCUUAGAGCAUUCCAAGAUUGACCAGAUAAAACAGCAGACAAAUGUGUUUGACAUGGCCAGUAUCCUUAUACGACCAGUGCAGAGAAUUCUUAAGUACCCCCUGCUGUUGAUUGAGUUACUCAAGAAUACAGAGGAAGGUCAUCCAGACAGAGGGGAUAUUGAGACUGCCAUCAAGGAAAUGACUGAUGUUGCCAGAGCUAUCAAUGAGUAUAAGAGACGGAAAGACCUUGUAUACAAAUACAAAACGUCAACUGAUGAGAGCUUCAGUGACAAGAUCUCCAAACUUAACCUACAUUCUAUCAAAAAGAAGUCAACAAGAAUCAGAGGCAGGCUUAGCACCAACUUUGGCAUUGCCUUACAGAUGAAGGAUGAAAUGUUUGACAAAGAGGAGGCUAAAUUUCGAAACCUUGAAAAAGCCGUCAAAGUGUUUUUGGAGAGUGUUGAACAGUACUUGGAACAGAGUCAAGAGGCCAUGAGAUGCCAGACAGUUUAUGUUGAUGAUAUCAUGGACUUCUAUAAAGGCAGAGAGUGUGCUGAAGCUACUAAGCUUUAUGAGGUUACUUGCAAACAGCUGAGUCUUUAUGACAGUAUGAAAGAGACAGUGGAUAAUGUUGUGAUUGUGCCCCUGAAUAUUCUUGUUGGUUUAUUCAGUGCACCAACCAAAGUCAUAGAGAAACGAUUUGACAAGCUUCUGGACUACAAUUACCAGCUUGGGAAAAUGGAAAAUGACAAGGAGCUGCAGACAGCCAGGAAUGACUAUGAAGCCAUGAAUGCUCAACUUCUGGAUGAGCUGCCCAAAUUGUAUAACCUUGCAUUCAGAAUGCUGAGGCAUUGUAUUUCAGCCUUUGUGCUUGCCAGAAGGGACUUCAUGGAUCAGUCGUUGAAAGAAACUUGCUCAUUAUUAGAGCUGCCUUCCAUUGCAAGCAAGGCAAACCUGAUGGAAGUCUUCAAAAUCCGACACACAACAGCAUUUGAUCACAUAUCCAUGCUCAGUUUCAUUCCCAAGGGUUUCAAUCCUAGAGUGGACACUGUCAAAGCUGACCGUGCAAUUCAGAAAGGGCGCUCCAGCACAGAUGGCAGUUUACAGCAGCAGUCUAGUUCAGGCUUCCAAAAUGAGGCUCAGAGAAGAUACCUGCAUCAGCUGUACCCACCAGACAAGCUGUACAUUGUCAGCUCUACCUACAACGCCACAGAUCUCAUGGAUAUCUCCCUGACAGAGGGCACACUAGUGGCCGUGGUCAAGCAGCUGGACCCCAUGGGUAACACAGAGAGAUGGUUUGUGGAUGAUGGAGGCAGUAAAGGUUUUGUUCCCUGCAGUAUUUUACAACCAUUAGAGUACUCUCCCCUUGGGAGUAUCACUAAUGCUGAUGAGGAUGAUGACAUUAUAUCCAUUCUUUCGGGCGACAGCGGCGAUAACAUGGUGUUCACAGGAAAUGACGAAAGAGUUGAUUGUCACACCAACAACUCAUUUACAGACUCAUACUCACAGAAAUCGGAGCCCCCUCAGUAUCAGUAUUACUAUGCCCUAUAUGACUUCAAACCUCGCCAGCCGAAUGAAACAUCACUAACAGCAGGGCAUCCUGUCACAGUGCUCACAUUCCAUGACCUGGAUGGCAACAGUGAAUGGUGGCUUGUGGAUUCUGAAGGUAAACGUGGGUAUGCCCCAGCAAACUACAUGGCUCCUGUACCAUACAGUUAG